UCGUUAAUAGAAAAAAAAAAGGAACACAGAAAUUGCGGAAACGACAAAAUGUUGAUCCGGAAUUUGUGGUUUUUUCUGUUAACCUUCUGCUGGACGUUGAACGUUGUAUCAUCACACCUUCCACUAGUGCCAAAGCCACCGUCCAUGGUUUCGGCCGAAUGCCAGACGCUGACGCAACAAUGUGGAGAAGAGCUGGGUCUCUUCAGCUCCGGUAGCAACCAAAGCGCUGGACGGUCGCCAUCAACGACGACGACGACUACUACGACCACAACGACAACAAGUUCACCGUCCGCUCUAGAACCGGUCUGCGGGUCAGACGGCCGGACUUAUAGCUCCCGAUGCGAGCUACAGCGUGCCAGGUGCGAAGGCCAUCCUGUCCGGGUUCGUUAUCGUGGAUCUUGUCAAGGAGAGGAGAAACGUUGUUGGUCAGAGCGACGCUUGGCUCAGAGAACAGCCCGGCGGUUGAACGAGACUCACCAAGCAGGAACCGGUGCUAGCGGACUGGGCAAAAAGGCGGCACCUACUGGCGAGACGUUCAUUCCCGAAUGCAAUGAGGACGGGCGGUUCGCAGAAAUCCAGUGCCAUCAAGCGACAGGCUAUUGUUGGUGCGUCACGCCUGACGGCAAACCCAUUCCGGGUUCUUCUAUUCGACAUAAUAAACCAAACUGCAAGCGACAAAGCAAAUCGAGUCCCAGUCGUCGGUCACCACAAGGCAAGAAACCCCGGAAAGGUUGCACACCUGGCGACAAAGCGGCUUUCAAUGGUCAUCUGAUCCGACUUUUUACGACUGAAUUUAACCGCUUGCCCACCACUCCAAUCCCAAGUAAGCCAGGUACGACAGCACAAAUUGAUGGCGUGACUGAGACGGCUGAACGUCGAGUGAUGGAGUGGAAAUUUGAUCAGCUGGACAAAAACAACGAUGGCCAGCUGAUUCGACGCGAAUUCAAAGUUCUCCGACGACUCGUCCGCAAAGUGGUCCGACCCAAACGCUGUGCCAAAAACUUCCCUCGACUCUGCGAUACGGAUCAGGAUCGUAAGAUUUCGCGCUCAGAGUGGUCCGUCUGCCUCGGCAUCGGUAUCAAUAUCUCCUUCCGUUUGUUCCUCUUCCUCAACUCAGGGGACAGCGGUGAGGACUCGGCGGCCAUUGAAUCCAGACUGCCCAUCCGACCAGAUAUUGACAGUUUGCUGUGGACCAAGGCCAGUAGCAUUUCCCUUCAGGAAGCAUCGUCUGUCGAAGAGAAUGAACCUGUAGAAGCAAACGACUGUUAUUCUGAUCGAGAAGCCGCUCAAGAGGAGGUUGACCAAGGCGCCCAAGGAAUGUACGUUCCUGAAUGUACGCCAGAUAACAAAUACCAGCGAGUCCAGUGCCACAAAUCAGCCGGCUAUUGUUGGUGUGCCAAUGACGAAACGGGCAAACCCAUUCCUGGAACAUCAGUACAGAACAGCAAACCAACAAACUGCGACAACCUACCUGCCCACGUGUUGAAUCGGCCCACUCCUCCUCCACCGAAAGAAAACCUCAAACCUGUUUACCGUCCUCUAACAGCAGAGGAAGCUUGUACGGGAAAAAGGAAAUCACGUUUGCAAUCCGACAUGGUGGAAUUUUUCAAGGAAAAUCUGGCUGCUUUCCUUGUAAAUAAAACUGCCAAUAAUCCCAACAGUAUUGCUGGUCCAGACUAUAAUUUGCCGCCGCGAGAAAGAGUUGCCAAAUGGCAGCUGCAACAACUGGAUGCCAAUAAAAACAAUGUCAUCGAUAGACAGGAAACGCGUGAAUUACGCUUGCUGUUCAAACGCAGCCAAAAACUGAGACGGUGCAGUAAGAAAUUGCCUGCUUUUUGUGACAUGAACGCAGAUAAAAGGAUUACAGCUGACGAAUGGCUCCAAUGUCUCGGAGUUGUCAAAGCUGAAGUUAGCAAUAUAGCUUCUCCAAUCAUUCCUGCCGGGGGUUCAUCUAGCGGCAAACGAAGAGGACCAAAUCCUUUGAGCACCUACCUCAAGGACCGAUGAUGUUCGUGGUUUUUUCUAUUCUCUCAGAAUGAGAACAAAAUUUUCAAGCUAUGGAAAGAAGAUGAAUUUAGCAUUAUACGAGAGAAAGAUGAAGCAGUUCCUGAAAGCUUAAGAAUAACUAAGAGAAUAAGAGAUUACGAGCGCUGCAAGUGGAUUAUUUCGUAAAUGAUCGACAAUUUACUAUGUAACAAUACGACGAGCUAAUAUCUUUUUCCUUCCAAAUGACAUUUUUUUCUUUUCACGGCAAUUUUUGUUUUCCAGUUACGAGUGAUGAGCUGUGUACAUAUGUGAUGAUGGUUUUCCUCUGGAUUUUGUAUAAAUAGUUAAAUGAGUGUUCGCACAACCAAA